AUGAGUGCACCAGGAAGUUUUGAUUUGGGAAAUGGUUUUACAAUGCAGCCACAUUUUGCUGCACAAGGUGGUGGAAAUCCUGGUGAUAUCCAGAUGCAGUCUCAACUAGGAUUGGGUAUUAAAAAACAGCUGACACCAUCAACAAGUGUCUAUGGGAAUGUGUAUUCAAAUCAGACACACGAUUUAAGUAACAAUAAACAUCAAGUGGCAGACGGUGGUUUCAAUGUUGGUAUUAGAAAACAGUUUUAA